UGGCAAAAUAAAUAGGAACCAAUUGAAUCGACUUUAUAUUCUGUUUGGAUGAUGCAGCUUCCUGGUAAACAGUGGAACAAUGGAAACCACUAGAAUUUUGACUAAGAAAAUGACAAAGAUCUUAAUUUUGACUAAGAAAAUGACAAAGAUCUUAAAAAGAUAAACACGUAGCAAGUCUCUGCAGAGAUAUUUAUGAGCACAUGUCUUACUUAAGCGCUAUUCGGAAAGUAAUUGUUUUUCAUAAGGACGUGUUUAAAAAUAUAUCUGCAUGGCUCCUUGGUGAUAAAACUCAUUAUAAAUCAUAAUAUAAUUUUUAAAAAACAUAAAAUCACGGUGUAGUUUGACUUUGUAAUUCUGCGAACCCGGAUAAUGCAUUGUCACGUGCUCAGUCACAUGAGAAUUCGCAUGUAUUUAAUAAUUAUAAUGGAAUAAAAUCCUGAUCCUGAUCUAUCGGUCAAGUUAGCUAACUUGUGUAAACUUUUUAUGUGAUAAUGCGUUGAUCUAAGAUAGCCACAAAACAUCGUGCUUUUGUAAAAUAAAGAAAGUCAAAACGUUUUCUUUCCGUUAGCAGAAGCGCGCGUCGGCUGAUCUCGAAUAUAACUUCUCACUUUCUGUCUUGACUGUAACGUAAGGCCUUAUAUGUAAUAAGGAGGAAGGAAAUCCAUUAUCUGUCACAUGGUCACAGUCACACAUACGUUACGUGUGUCCUAUACUUUCAGAAAGUGAUUAAGCAUAUGCACUGUUAAUAAAAGUAUUUUAAAUGGACAGUUUCAUGUACGUGGAUACCCAUACAUGAUGUACAGCAUGUCGUCUUCUAUUUUUCGGAUUCAAAUUUUUCUUUUCUAUUUAUUUCUCUAAUUCAGCGCAACGAUAAUUUAUUACAUUACUGUAAGCGAUUGCACGGGCUUCUCGAACAGUUUGUUUUUAAUGGUACUCUCGUGAGUCACGUGAUCGUCACGUGCUUGUCACAGCAGCUCCCGGAAGCUCGCGCAAUUUACUGUCACGCGCUGAAUCCUGUCAGAAGUCGCUUGAAAUUCACCGACAGAUAAACGCUUCAAACCGGUGUACAUCACAUCACAACAAUGGGAUGAGAUAUGCUUGAAGUCAAUGUUUUGGGCGGGUUUGCAGAGCGAAACAUUGAGGCUAACUAGCAUCGCUCCUAUGACAAGCGGAAAACAACAACAGAAUUGAAGUGGUUUUCUUUCUCAUUAUUAGACAUUGAGAGCACAGAAGGAUGUGACUGUGUGACUUACCUCAGUCAGACCAAAAUGCUCUUUAAAAGCGAGACUGGAUAGGAUUGCUCUUGACUGGAAUUGCUAACUUCUGGCUGUUUAUUGUUAAGUCAGUGUUUAAUGUUUAUGUCACUAUAGUUUGGGUGUGUUAUAUACUAAAUAAAGUCUUCAGUAUGCAUGACGCUUAUGAGCCGGUUCCUAUUUUGGAGAAAUUACCUCUUCAGAUCGAAUGUCUGGCGGCCUGGGAUGAUUGGCUCCUUGUUGGGACCAAACCGGGUCACCUCCUGCUUUACAGGAUCAUGAAAGAUGCAGGUACAAAUAGAUUCGAAGUUACCUUGGAGAAAUCCAAUAAGAACUUCUCAAAGAAGAUUCAGCAGCUGUUUGUGGUGUCCCAGUACAAGAUUUUGGUUAGUCUGUUGGAAAAUAACAUCCACGUUCACGACCUGCUCACGUUCCAGCAGAUCACAGUGGUGUCCAAAGCCAAAGGGGCAACACUUUUUGCCUGUGACUUGCAGUCCAGCUCAGGUGAGGCCAAACUGCGAAUGUGUGUGGCAGUCAAGAGGAAAAUCCAGCUGUAUUACUGGAAGGACAGAGAUUUUCAUGAAUUACAGGGAGAUUUUGCUGCUCCAGAUAUUCCUAAAUCCAUGGCUUGGUGUGAGAACUCAAUAUGUGUGGGUUUCAAACGAGACUACUAUCUCAUUCGGAUGGAUGGCCGUGGCACUGUAAAGGAGCUCUUUCCCACAGGGAAACAGCUGGAACCAUUGGUCGCCCCACUGGCUGAUGGGAAGGUGGCAGUAGGUCAGGAUGACCUCACGGUGGUCCUGAAUGAAGAAGGGGUCUGCACUCAGAAAUGUGCCCUCAACUGGACAGACAUUCCUGUUGCAAUGGAGCACCAGCCACCGUACAUAAUCGCAGUCCUGCCGCGGUACGUGGAGAUCCGCACGCUGGAGCCCAGACUGCUGGUGCAGAGCGUGGAACUGCAGAGACCCCGAUUCAUCACUUCAGCCGGGUCAAAUGUUGUGUAUGUAGCAAGCAAUCAUUUUGUUUGGCGUUUGGUGCCAGUGUCUAUAGCCAGCCAGAUCCGACAGCUGUUACAGGACAAACAGUUUGAGCUGGCGCUUCAGCUGGCGAAAAUGAAGGACGACUCGGAUGCAGACAAGAGACAACAGAUCCAUCACAUUCAGAACCUGUUUGCCUUCAAUCUGUUCUGUCAGAAACGCUUCGAUGACUCCAUGCAGGUGUUUGCAAAGUUAGGCACAGAUCCUACUCAUGUUAUUGGACUGUAUCCAGACCUGCUUCCCUCUGACUAUCGUAAACAGUUGCAUUACCCCAAUCCUCUGCCCACACUGUCUGGAGCUGAACUGGAGAAAGCUCAUUUGGCACUCAUAGACUACCUAACACAGAAACGCAGUCAUCUGGUGAAGCAACUGAACGACUCGGAUCCCUCCACCACAUCUCCUCUCAUGGAGGGAACACCGACCAUCAAGAGCCGCAAGAAACUCCUUCAGAUCAUCGAUACCACACUGCUCAAAUGUUAUCUCCAUACAAACGUGGCCUUAGUUUCGCCUCUCCUGCGACUGGAGAACAAUCACUGUCACAUAGAGGAGAGCGAGUAUGUGCUGAAGAAAGCCCACAAAUAUAGCGAGCUCAUCAUUCUCUAUGAGAAGAAAGGCCUUCAUCAGAAAGCUCUGCAGGUUCUGCUGGAUCAGUCCACUAAAGCCAACUCACCUCUGAAAGGUCAUGAGAGGACAGUCCAGUAUCUUCAGAGACUCUGUGUUGAGAACCUGGGCAUUAUUUUCGAGUUUUCGCCUUGGGUUUUGAAGAUAUGUCCAGAGGACGGCCUGAAGAUCUUCACAGAGGACCUGACGGAGGUGGAGACUUUACCCAGAGAUAAGGUGCUGAACUUUCUGAAGGAGGGUUUUAAGGAACUGGCCAUCCCGUACCUGGAGCACAUCAUAUACGUAUGGGAGGAGAAAAGGGCAGAGUUUCACAACGUUCUGAUUCAGCUCUAUCUGGAGAAGGUGCAGGGUCUCAUGAAAGAGUAUCUGAACUCACUGCCUGAAGGAGUUCCCGCCGUGUCUGCAGGAAAGGAGAACGGGGAGCUCGGGGAGUUCCGCAACAAGCUUCUGUCGUUUCUGGAAAUUUCCAGCACUUAUGAGCCUGAGAGACUCAUCAGCGAUUUCCCGUUUGACGGACUGCUGGAGGAGAGAGCUCUGCUCUUGGGUCGGAUGGGCAAACACGAGCAGGCUCUCUUCAUCUAUGUUCACAUUCUGAAAGACACACACAUGGCUGAAGAGUACUGCCACAGUCAUUAUGACCCUGACACUAACGGCCAUAAAGAUGUGUAUCUGUCUCUGCUGCGCAUGUAUCUGUCUCCUCCAGACGUGCACUUCUUGGGUCCCAUCAAGAUGGAGCUGUGUGAGCCACAAGCCAAUCUUCAGGCAGCCCUGACGGUUCUUCAGCUUCACCACAGCAAACUCAACACCACCAAAGCCAUAAAUCUAUUGCCAGCCAACACACAGAUCAGAGAGAUCCAGGUCUUUCUGGAGAAUGUGUUGGAGGAGAAAGCUGGACGGAAGCGAUUUGAUCAGAUCCUGAAGAGUCUCCUGCAGGCAGAGUUUCUGCGAGUUCAGGAGGAGCGAAUCUUUCACCAGCAGGUGAAGUGUGUCAUCACAGAUGAGAAGAUCUGUCGAGUGUGUAAGAAGAAGAUCGGUAACAGUGCCUUUGCCAGGUAUCCCAACGGUGUGGUGGUUCACUACUUCUGCUGUAAAGACCGCAGCACGUGUCCCAGCGAAUAGGACGGCCUGGAGAUGCUCGGCACGAUGCAGUUGAAGGCAGACACCUCACGUCUGCAUAAAGAUACCACACUCUAAAGCUCUAGAAAUGAAGGCCUGGAUGUCUUUUCUCUCUAGAAAUGACAAAGGCACAUCUUUCUGAAAAAAAAAUCUAGUGUAGGAAACUAAACACAACACAAACUUAAGAACAGCUUAUCUUCUCUUCUAUACUCACAGAGAAGCUUUUCAUCCAACACAGCGCUUUGUCCGAUGCCUUGAGAGGGCCGGGGGUUUGUAAGCACCCUGUGCUUUCACAUGACUGUUAUUUUACGCUGGGCUUGUAGGCACUUCUCCACUUUGCUCUGUAAAUUUCAGAUGAAAUCAGACCUUUGAUAAAACUCUUAAUGUGUCUCCGCUACAAAAAGAGUCAGCACAGACACACAUCAUGGAAAUCUGAUGGAGGAAUAAUAGCGUUCUCUAGUUUCCAUGAACUCCAACUUUCCUAGUGCUGUACAUUGAAGUUUAAAGAGAACGUGUUUACAGCCAGAACUGGAUGUGUAACGUUUUUUAAGCAAUGCCAAACAUGUUGCUUGGUAUUAUGUUUUUUUUUUUCUAGUGUUUUGUAAGAUUUUUGAGAGCAUUAGCAUGACACUUUAGUUUCUUAUGGUUUAAUUUAUUACACACAGUUUAAACGUGUGCUUCGGUUCAUUAAUGUUUCAUCUACGUAUGCGAUCAGUAUUUCACUGGCUUUCUAAGUGUUCUUUAAUACAUCUGUCUAUUUAACACUCUUAUGGGAUGAUCAUCUCUGCGUUUAACUGUAAAUCAUGAGCUUAAGUGUUGUCCAGCGAGACAGACCUGAAGAUUGUACAGCUGCAAGUCACUUCUAAUAAAUAUGCAUCUUCUCUAA